AUGAAGAAGUUUCUGGUGGGAACCUGCUACCAAAAAGAAAAAGGAUUUUUUUCCCCUCGGUCCUCCGGGCAUCUUUCCGAUGUCACUCUUGUCUUUUCGGACAACCGAAGAAUCCAGGCUCACAAGUUGAUUUUGGCUACGAGUUCACCGGUGUUCAAGGUUAUGACGUAUGGCGCUAUGGCAACAAACAAAAUCACUUUAGCUUGCGACUCUUACGAGAUGUUCCAGUUGCUGCUCUGCUACAUAUAUAAGGAGGAGAUCAACCUUACAGAAGUGCACCAAGUGGACACACUCGGUCUCUAUUGCUCCAAGUACUUGAUGGUAGAGGUGACGCUGGCGACAUUACCUCUCGUGUACGACUGGACGCUCCUGCUGAGGACUUCCUACUGCUGCAUCAGUACACAGGUGUUGGUGAUGGCGGCGGACAACGUUCUGGAGUCUUCCGAGAUCAUCUUUAUGCGAAGGUCGUCCCUCUGGCAGCUCUUAACUAACCCGAGGCUCUGCAUGUCCUCUGAGAUUAUAAUCAUCAAGGCCAUCACUGCUUGGGGAGUAGAAAAUGCUGGUUACCAUCCACAUCCAGCAGAGACUAGCCUAGUUUUAACACCUCUGGAGAACGCGAGGCAGAACAGAAGCAGCAACAGCUGCCAUGCAGGACAGUGCGGGUCAGUUGUUCAUAAUGGUGUAGAGCACUUGGACUCCUUCAAACCGGCCACCAGUGAGCUCAAAAAGACGGUGGAGGAGUUCCUGCCCAUCGUGCGUUUCGACGAGAUGUCAGUGGAGGAGCUAGUGACUUGGGUGUUUCCCUCUGGUAUUUUCACCGGCGAUGAAUGUGAAGCUCUAGUCAUGAAUGUGAAAGGCAUUCACACCUCUGCUCUCCCUGCUUCUGUCUCUCACAUGGAGAACAUUGGACGAAAAAGGAUGCCAAGGUCGACUAUGUUACUAUCUCUAAAUUCGACGAAUGGUUCCAGCAGUGAAUACAUUUACUACAAUAAAGUGAACAUGAAUUUGCUUCAGAAUAUCCUGAAUAAUAAAUUCGAAUUUUCGAUUCUGCAUAUGCACCAAGUGGACACACUCGGUCUCUAUUGCUCCAAGUACUUUAUGGUAAAGGGGACGCUGGCGACAUUACCUCUCGUGUAUGACUGGACGCUCCUGCUGAGGACUUCCUACUGCUGCAUCAGUACACAGGUGUUGGUGAUGUCGGCGGACAACGUUCUGGAGUCUUCCGAGAUCAUCUUUAUGCGAAGGUCGUCCCUCUGGCAGCUCUUAACUAACCCGAGGCUCUGCAUGUCCUCUGAGAUUAUAAUCAUCAAGGCCAUCACUGCUUGGGGAGUAGAAAAUGCUGGUUACCAUCGACAUCCAGCAGAGACUAGCCUAGUUUUAACACCUCAGGAGAACGCGAGGCAGAACAGAAGCAGCAACAGCUGCUGGAACCAUUCGUCGAAUUUAGAGAUAGUAACAUAG